AUGGACGAGAACAACAGCGAACGGCUCAACCAUCUUGACAGCCAACAUGUCCCCUCGAGUUCGACUCAAGCACCUACUAUCGUUAUAGGCAAUGCUUCCCAAGCAAUGACAUCGACCUUCAACUUGUCCAUGGUCCCAAGCCCUCCGGCAACCCCAGACUCCUCCAGCGAAGCUCGACCGGCAAGCUCGUCUUCUGCCACGGCUCGUCCGACGGCGUCAAGACACGACUCCAGUAGGAGGACUUUGUUGUACCCCGAAGGCGAUUUUCGCAAUAGCUCAACACCAGAACUCCGAGAUCUGAAGACCGACAUGAUGUGCAACUGGCUUCACCAGCAACAAUUGGAGCGGAUGUGGUCCACCAAUGGAAUUGAGGAAGGGGUCAUGCUCAAGAAAGCGAAGAACGACUAUAAGUGUGCCCCUGAAGACCUUCGUUCUCGUCCCGAAGGAGUUUACGAUGCAGUGAGAAGGCUCAAUGUCAAGUGUGCCAUGACAGUAAACACGGGCAUCGUCAAACUGUUCCUCCGAGACCAGACGCUCACCCAUAUGCCGCUCGACUCUGGCCUCCGUUUGCAAAUCCUCCCAAGCAUUUCUCACCUGCCUGACUGCCAGAAACAUCAGUUCGCAGCUUUCAUUCGAACUUAUAAUAUCCUCAUCGUCUGGGAUGACGACCCAAAUCAUAUUCUCAAACGUGUCCAAUCAAUAGAAGAUCAGCUUAUCAACAUGAUCUGGAAGGAGGAAUGCGAAGACGACGAAUCUUCGGCACCACUCCCCAGUGCCAUGCCCAGCACUCUCAAUCUGAACAACACCAACGACGAAGAGACCUCAUCCCAAAACAUCGAGGCUAUAAACGCUUUGCCGCCUCGCCGCGUUGUGCUCGUUCAACCGCUCCUCACCGCAAUCACGAUGAUCUUACUCGUUGCCGCCAUUGGCAGUGGCUGGCGCCAGAUCGCUAUUGAAAUGAAGGUUGACCAUUCCUGGACUCGACUUGCUUUCAUCGCCGUUGUUCCCCUUCAAUGCUGGCUCGCACUAUUCUUCAUGCAGUCCGUUGCAGGCUGCUGUGCUCAAAUCAUCGGUCCCAUAAGCCAAAUGAAUGCAAACACGAAGUUUUACUCGGGAAUGCCUCCACCGCGCCUCCCGACUGACGGAAGCUACACAUUGCCACACGUCACUAUUCAGUGUCCCGUCUACAAGGAAGGUCUUUGGUCCGUGAUCGAUCCGACAAUCAAAUCUAUCAAAGCAGCGAUAUCAACAUACGAGAUGCAGGGUGGCACUGCAAACAUUUUCAUCAACGAUGAUGGCAUGCAGUUGAUUCCCACUGAACAAGCUCAAGAACGACGCGACUUCUACGAUGAACACAACAUUGGGUGGGUGUCGCGACCAAAACACGAACCCAAACCAGCAGAUCCCAGCCAAAGACCAUUCAUUCGAGCCGGCAAAUUCAAAAAAGCAUCCAACAUGAACUACGCCUUGAAUGUCUCGGCUCGGGUCGAAGACAAAUUGUUGACCAUCGUUCGUCCAGAUGAUGGGAGCUGGACUGCAGAGCAAGAACGUGAGGUCUAUAACGAAGCUCUUGCUUCUAUCGUUACCGAAGAUGAAGGCCGCACACAAGCUGCAGGUAACAUUCGCGUGGGGGAUUACAUUCUGCUGAUAGACAGCGACACCCGUGUUCCCCAAGACUGUUUCUUGAGCGCAGUCUCAGAGAUGGAAGUCUCUCCAGAGGUCGCCAUCAUUCAAUUUGCCAGCGGUGUCAUGAACGUCACGGACUCAUGGUUCGAAAAGGGAAUAACGUUCUUUACGAAUCUUGUGUACACAGCCAUCCGCUACGCGGUCUCCAAUGGUGACGUUGCCCCUUUUGUCGGGCAUAACGCCUUCUUGCGCUGGUCGGCGGUGCAGGAUGUCGCCUACGUCUAUGAAGACAUCAACGACGGCAUCGUGAAAGGAAAGUACUGGAGCGAAGCCACCGUUUCUGAAGAUUUUGACAUGGCUCUUCGCCUUCAAACAUCUGGUUACAUUCUCCGCCUUGCAGCGUAUGCUGGCCAGGGCUUCAAAGAAGGCGUCUCCCUGACAGUCUACGACGAACUCGCCCGCUGGGAGAAAUACGCCUAUGGCUGCUCCGAGCUCAUCUUCCACCCAUUUGCCGAAUGGUUCACCAAAGGGCCGUUUACUCCCUUGUUUCGUAAUUUCAUCAGGAGCUCGAUGCCAUUCCACUCCAAGCUGACUAUUAUGGCAUAUAUCGGGACUUAUUACGCCAUUGGGAGUGCGUGGAUCUUGACGCUUCUCAACUACUGCAUUAUCGGAUGGUUCAACGGCCACCUGGACCAUUACUACAUCGACAGCUUCAAGAUCUAUUUUGCCAUUAUCAUCGUCUUCACAGCUCUCGGCAACCUCGCACUAGCGGUGAUGCGCUACAGAGUCGAAGAUCAAACCCUACUGUCCGCGCUGUGGGAGAAUUUCCGCUGGAUCCCCCUCCUGACCAUUUUCCUGGGCGGCAUAUCCCUUCACGUGUCCCAAGCGAUCCUCUCCCACCUCUUCUCUGUCGACAUGUCCUGGGGCGCAACCAGCAAGGAGGCCACCGACACGAGCUUCUUCAAGGAGAUUCCCACGAUCCUCCGGAAGUUUCGGUUCACGUUCAUCUUCUGUGCGGUCAUGAGUCUGGGGAUGAUCGUGGUUGCUGGCAUCGGUCCACUGGGGAAACUGGUGCCCUACGACUGGCAGAUUGGGUGGUUUACUGCUGUUUGGCCUUUGGCCACCGUUGUCGGAUCACAUGCGCUGUUGCCACUUGUAUUGAAUCCGGGAUUGAUGCAGUUCACCUUUUGAGCAACCGAGCUUUGAUUCUUGGGGUCUGACGUGGGGUUUACAUGGUCAGCAGGGCGCAUCCUUCUGGCUUCGGAUCAAAACACCAACUUUUACAAUAGUCUUCAUUUUGAGGUUGAGAAACUAGUGAGGGAAUCGGAUAGACACUAAUUGAAAUUUC